AUGGCGAUCACCGCGGAGGCUCAAUUCCACGUCCUGGCCGUCGACGACAGCCUCAUUGACCGCAAGCUCAUCGAGCGCCUCCUUCGGACCUCCUCCUACCAAGGUAUAGACACUGUAGAGAGUAGAGAGAGAGUGCGUCUUCUUCCUCACCUCAAUGGAUGAAUGAUCGAUCGAUUGACUGAUUUCCGGCGAUCUGUUCUGUUCAGUCACCACCGUCGACUCCGGCAGCAAGGCGCUGGAAUUCCUCGGCCUGCAGGACGACGACGAUGACGAAGACAGCUCCGAUUCCUCCCCCUCCGUCUCCGCCAGCCACCACCAUCGCCACCACCACCACCGCCACCACCAGGUAAACCAGAUCGAGCUCCUCUAUUUCCUAAAAUAGGCGAGGAAUCACACAGCGCCGCCGCCGUCUGCUCUUCUUAUUCUUCUACUUCUUCUUCCCGCAGGAGAUCGAGGUGAACCUCGUCAUCACGGACUACUGCAUGCCCGGCAUGACCGGCUAUGACCUGCUCAAGAGAAUCAAGGUAAAUUACUUCCCAGAAGUUUGGAACGAAGCUUGUCGAUCUUCGCUUGUUUUCGGAGGAAUUAAGGUUGCCUUGUCGGCUGCUCUUGAAUCAGGAGACUUCAUCCCUCAAGGACAUCCCAGUGGUGAUCAUGUCCUCAGAGAAUGUACCCUCAAGGAUCAACAUGUGAGCGAUCUUCCCCUCUUCUUUUUUGCCGCCUGUUCUUCUCGCGAGAUGAGUUCCUCCCCCUGAAACAUGAAAAAAAUGAAAAAAAUCCAAGGAAGAAGACGACGGUGUAGAGUAAUCCACAGAAUGCUUUCUUUUUUUUCGGGGGAACAUUGAUGGGUGGUUGAUUAGAUUCCCAUAUUAUUUUUCUCAAUUAUCAGAUCCUCAAGAACAGAUCAUAUAUUAUUUUUCUGUUUUGAGUGAAGAAAAUGUCAAAGCUUCAGUGACCCCUUUUUGUGUCAGUCAUCAUGAACAGUUUUUUUUUUUUUUUUCCCAAGAACUGGUUGGACUGUGAAUCAUAGGACUCGAAUUAAUGACGUAAUUAUUGCGGAAAACAGGUGUUUGGAAGAAGGGGCGGAGGAGUUCUUCCUCAAACCGGUGCAGAUGUCGGAUCUGGAGAGGAUCAGACCCCACAUAAUGAGGAGAAAACCUGCGGAUCCUGAGGAGGAAGAACAGGGGGAAGAUCAGCCGCAGCCCUCGCAGACACCACCUGUUCUUCCACUGCAACAGCAGAUCACCAACGAUAACACAGCCAUGGCCAUGGCCCCAGACAGCAGCAGCAGCAGCAGCAAGAGGAAGGCCAUGGAUGAAGGUCUGUCUCCCGAGAGGAGACGACCCAGAUGUACAGUAACAGCUUGA